GUAGAGAAGGCAGCCAUAAAGAUUCAGUCAUGGUGGCGUGGCAACAUGGUGCGCCAAACAUUACUGCAUGCAGCACUCAGGGCCUGGGUCAUCCAGUGCUGGUGGAGGUCGAUACAGGCCAAGAUGCUGGAGCAGAGACGGCGCCUGGCGCUGAGACUCUACACCUGCCAGGAGUGGGCAGUGGUGAAAGUGCAAGCACAGGUUCGAAUGUGGCAGGCCCGCAGAUGGUUCCUCCAGGCACGCCAGGCAGCCUGCAUCAUCCAGUCUCACUGGCGCUGGCAUGCCAGCCAAACUCGAGGCCUGAUCCGGGGCUGCUAUGAGGUCAGAGCCAGCCGGCUGGAGCUUGACAUCGAAAUCCUCAUGACCUAUGGUCCUGGCAGAGCCAAGAAGACUCUAUCUCUUGCCCAAUAAAGACAUUUACUGGCCA